UUGAUCAGCUCUCCGUCAGGCCUAUCUGACAGCAGUCAGCUCCAGUGUGGGUAUGGCGUCGCUGCGCCGACACAGGGUGAAUCCUCACCUCUCCGUGGGAAUUGGCCAGUCACGUAGCGGGACGGCACUUCUCGGUCACUGUUGAUAGGGAUCAUCCAUGGCCAUGGAGGACGAGGAUAAUAAUAAAACGCUCACUGCGACUAACACCCAAACGGGCAUUAGGAAGGGAAACGAUGUCGGAGAAAACGGGGCUUGCAUAGACAGGCAGCCGGAGACGGUGGUCCACCAAGCGGGGCUGAAGCAGACUGCAGCUCGCGGCAGCCGCAGUGGUCCUGGAGCUCACACUGCAACAGGAAUCCGGGUGCUAAAGCAGCGCAACAUGAAGCGGAACGGGAGUCGUGGCUGUGUGGCAAGAAAAACUAGAUUUGGAUCACGAGAGCGGGACUGGCUAAAGGGGGACACCCAGCGGGGCUGUGUGUGUCUGUAUGGGGGGACAGUGGACCCCCAGCCACCUGCCUCUGGUCCACAGGCCUCCUCCACCCCUCAGACAGACCUGCAAUUGGUGCUGUGCUCCACCAGUACCACAGUGGAAGAGCUAUGUGCUCAGAGAGAUGGACAGGGACUCUAUGUUCAGCUGCAUGGAGAUCUAGUCAGGAGGCUGGACCCCUCUGAGCAUCCGCUCCAGAUGGUGUAUGACUACCUGACAGCAAUGGGCUACACAGACCCUGUACGAGUGCAGCAAGAGGCAGCCAACUCAGACCUCAGCUGUUUGAUCCGUUUCUACAGUGAGCGUCCGGUGAAUCCGGACCAGCAGGAGCGUACCUUGCUGACAGGUGUAUUCAGUGUCAGGAAGGGUAAGACCCAGCUGCACAAGUGGGCAGAGCGGCAGGUCAUUCUCUGUGGCACCUGUUUAAUCGUGGCUUCUGUGAAAGACAGCCUGACUGGGAAGAUGCACAUCUUGCCCUUGGUGGGGGGAAAGGUGGAGGAAGUGAAGAGGAGGCAACACUGUCUGAUGUUCAGCUCAGCAGGAUCGCAGGCCCAGGCAUAUUUUGUCAACUUUGACACACUCGCAGACUACCAUCGAUGGUAUCGGCAGGCAUCAAAAGUGGUGUCUCAGACAGUCAGCAUGGUGGAUCUGUCCUGCUACAGUCUGGAAGCAGUGCCUGAGUAUCUGUUCUACAGCCAGGACAUCACUCACCUCAACUUGCGACACAACUUCAUGAGCCUGCAGGGGCCUGGAGGGCUGCUCAACCUCCCCAGGUUUUCCCAGCUGAAGAGCCUGAACUUGUCACACAACCGCCUGGGUGUGUUUCCUGAAUGUGUGUGUGAGAUCCUCACGCUGACUGAGCUCAACCUCUCCUGUAAUAAUCUCCACACUGUCCCUCUACAAAUAGGCAACCUUCAAAGCCUGCAGACGCUGUCUUUGGAUGGAAACCACCUCAGCUCCCUGCCAGAAGAGCUGGGUGGCUUGUCCCAGCUCAACAGCCUGGGGCUCUCCUUCAACAACUUCUCUCAUAUCCCUGCUGUGCUGGAGAGACUGAGUGCAGUGGACAAACUAGCCAUGGCUGGAAACAGAGUGGAGCGUCUGGAGCUGUGUACCGUGGCCAGAAUGAGCCACCUGAAAAACAUCGACCUCCGAUUGAAUGGGCUGCGCUGGGUGAAAAACGAGAAUCUAGAGCCAGUGAGCCAUGUGACCCAGCUGGACUUGCGGGAUAAUUGCUUGGACUCACUAGACCUGAGCUCCUUUUGCAGCCUGGAGGCUCUGCAUUGCCAACGCAACCAGCUGGGGACACUCACACUCAGCGGCUUCGCGCUGCGCAUGCUCCAUGCUAGCAGCAACCGCCUUACAACCAUCAACAUCUAUCCAAUCCCUAACCAGCUGACACACAUGGAACUAUCACAGAACCUUUUCGAGUACCUUCCCGACUGGGUAUGUGACUGCAGAAAAAUUGAGAUGCUGGACGUCACACACAACCUCCUGUCUGAGCUUCCUUCUAGACUGUUCAACAGCUUGAGUUUGAGAAAGCUGCUGGCAGGGAACAAUCAUUUGCAGAGAGUGCCUGACCUACUUGACCACGUCCCUCUGGAAGCCUUAGACCUCCAACACAACAAGCUGACUGAACUCCCAGAGAGUCUGUUUUUUAAGGCCUUAAACCUAAAAUAUUUAAAUGUGUCAGCCAAUGCCCUGGAAAGUAUUCCUUCUAGCAGCCAAUCAGAGGAGAGCCUUAGCACACUCCAGGAGCUCUACCUGACAGGGAACAGUCUGAAUGAGAACUGCGGUGCUCUGUUGGUUGGACACCAGAACCUGCGGGUUCUUCACAUCGCCUACAACCAGUUGAUCUCCUUCCCUGCCAGUAAGCUGAGUAAGCUGGAACUGCUGGAGGAGCUAAAUCUAAGUGGCAACAAGCUAAAGACUAUCCCAUCCACUGUGUCCAGCUGUAAGAGACUGCACACCCUCAUAGCUCACUCCAAUCACAUUACAGUCUUCCCAGAGAUAUUGAACCUGCCUGAGAUCAAGCUUGUAGAUCUAAGCUGCAAUGAGCUGACUGAGAUCCAGCUGACUGACUCUCUUCCUGCCACUCUGCAAGAGAUAGACUUGACAGGCAACAACAGCCUGAUGCUGGAACACAAAACCCUCAACCUCUUCAGUAACAUCACCACCCUGAAACUAGACCAGAAAUCUACCAUGACACCCAGAGACUCACUGAGUGCCUCCACUCCUUGGAACCAUGGUUACUCUGAAAUGAGCGGCCAAAGGAACAAGUUGUGUGUAUCUGUGCUGGCUGUAGACCAGUUUAGAGAUGGUGUUGAAGCAUGUUAUGGUAUCUUUGACGGAGACCGCAAUGAGGAAGUGCCUCGGCUGCUGCAGUGCACCAUGGGAGAUGUGCUGUGUGAGGAACUGCAGCACUCCAGUGUAGACACUGUGUAUAUGUGUAACACUUUCCUCACCUCACACAGGAAACUAGGUAUGGCUGGCCAGAAACUGGGUGCUUCUGCCUUGCUGUGUUAUAUCCACCAUGAGCCUUCAGAUCCUGGAGGCUACCUCAGCCUCACUGUGGCCAAUGUGGGCACAUGCCAGGCAGUGUUGUGCCGGAAUGGCCAACCUGUACCUCUUUCAAAGGUUUACAGUUUGGAGAACUCCACCGAGGAGAUGGAGAGAGUUAAACUCAGUAAAGCUAUUAUUACCAAGUUUCAUAUUAAAGUGAGUGGCGUGACUUGCUGCUCUCGCCUGCUAGGUUGCUCAUAUCUUUCUCCUUGGGUGCUUCCAAAGCCCUGGGUGCACACUGAGCCUCUCAGUUCGCAGGAUGAGUUCUUGAUUCUUGGGAAUCGAGCGCUGUUUGAACGGGUCUCCUACCAGGAAGCUGUUUACACUGUGCAGGCUGUGCGGGAUCCGCGCGCUGCUGCCAAGAAGCUGUGUUCACUCGCCCAGAGUUACAGUUGCAAGGACAACAUCGGGGCGGUGGUGGUGUCUCUACAUAUUGGCGAGGACAGCUGUACCUGUGACCCACCGUUCUCCACCACUGAACCCCGAGGUCCCCCUCCAGCCUCCGUACCUGUUUCUGUGACCUCAGGCCCCACUGACCCAGCCACUCUUUCAUCCAGCAGUGGUAUUGUCUCUGAGUUCAACAGUGAGACAUCAGCCUCAGAGGUGGGCAGCGAGGCAGGGUCCACUGCUUCAGACGAGCACCCAUCCGCUGGCCCUGCCUCCCGUCCAGAGAGACGCUGUAGCCUACACCCUGCUACUACACUGUGUGGGAUCAUGAUGCCAGGCUCAACUGGGGCAGGAGCGCACCCAGGCCUAUUCCAGCGGCAACCCUCCAGUGCUACAUUCUCAAGUAACCAGUCUGACAAUGGCUUGGACUCUGAUGAUGAAGCUCCACUUGAGGGUGUUAUCUCCAAUGGGAGCAAGUUAGAAGUAGAGGUAGACAUUCACUGCUGUGCUUUUCAAAUACAAUCAGGAAUCCUUGAGAGCCCCAAAAACUUGGACCUUGAAAAGCGAGGCUCUGACUAUCCCAAUGGCAAAAUGCGGAGGCAGAACAGUGUGGUGGUUUCUACUACAAAUGGCUGCCUGCUGGCUGUAUGUGGAAGGGAGAUUGCUGACCUCAAGAAAUCGCCUUCCACAUGCAGCCUGUUUGGGAAGAAGCUGUCCAAUGGCUCUGUGGUAGCCCCCGAGGACAGUCAUAAUCUUAUUGAGGUGGCCCUGGAGGCUCCUAAGAAAAAGUCAGGCUACUUCACUGCUCCAGCACAGCAGGACCCUGAGGACCAGCUGAUUGUGCCUCCUAGUCUGGAGCAGGAAGUCAGGGAGCAGCUAAGAGGCCAGAGCCCUCUAGUUUCAGGCCCCUCUGCACCAUCCACACCACCUUCCUUAAAAGACUCUGUGUGGGAUCACCCACACCCCCCUGCAUUUGCCUCUCACCUGGUCCCAGGGCCGGGUCCAGCUCCCAUCCUACAGCAGGAAGUUUAUGAUACCGCCCUUUAGAGGGGAGACACAGCGCAGCGCCAUGUGGCUGCAAUUCGAUGAUCGUUCCACUCCAGGAGAGAAGAGAUUCGCUUACAUGUGGAAUAUUCCAAUUCAAGUUGCCAUUCAGAUCUUUUGUGAGGACAAGACACACCUGUGAGAAUGUUAUGGUCAGGGAUGCUAAUGAUGAGGUAAAAAAAAGGGUUUGUGUGCAUGGUCGGAGUAUCCAAGAAAAUAAGGGUGAGCAAGAUCCCUCUUCAUAACAUGACUUUGUGAAAGGGAUAGCUGGUUAUCAUAGACCAAAACCAGCCGGGCCUGAAAUGGGAUACUUUGCGUCAUGCCAGCAACAUUUUCCUUUACUUGGAAAGUCAAGCAACCUGGAGGGUGUAUACAGAAUCAUCUUCAGUGAGGUCAACUCUCAUCUCCAGGGGCCCCAUGAUCUUUCAGGUCGUUGAGAGAGCCCUGUCUCUGAACUUGAAAAAGUGCCUAUUGCGGACAACCCAGCCUGGAGCUCCCCCACAUCUGGUCUGUGAGCUUGCUACUCACAUUUAGAGGAGGGACAGUGUCUCCACGAGAUCAGCACUGGCACACUUUCUGCUCUCCUCUUCUUCCCGUGACUUACAGAGGAAACUAGAAAGCAUAUAUGAUUGAAGGUAUUUUGGACAAGAAGAUGUGAAGGAAAAGUAACUGCACUUACAUUGCCAGAAAUGUUAUGGUUGGGUUUUAUUUUUAACAUUCCCGCACAAUAUGUAUAGAAGCUUCUAGUAUAUAGAAUAAAUUAAUUCUAUACAAUGUAGUACACACUCACAACUAGCAGCCAGCUGAUGUGCUGUGCCUGAGCUGCUCAAAAUGAUGGCAAUGCACCUUGAAUAGCUGUCAAAAAUGAUAAUAACAAAGUCAUUCAUCUGUACAGAGCUGAUAUGUUGUAGAGUUCAGAAACCCUUUUAACAGUAUAAUCUGUAACAGUGCAUGAUCAAAUGAGCUCCUUAAAAUCUACAUUGAGGAAAAGUCAGUUUUACAGUCACUGGAUAGUUGACUGGAGACCCCAGGAUGUUUCAAUAUAUUUCAAGUUUGGUCAGCUGAGCAUAUCAGCCAAGGCACAAAAGUGAAUUAUUACACAGUGUACUGUCAAGAGAUGAUGGGUGGAUACAGUGUUUGUAUAUUCUGUAUCUUAUGAAGUAUCUCCACUGGUACUAAGAUUGUACCUUUAGUCUGUCCAAACUUUAUCAGAAGUUAGCCUUUUAAAUUGAUAAACUUCCGUUUUUUUCCCUGGCAGAUUUACUUAUUGAAAUUUAUAUGUCCUUGGAAAUCUUAGCUCUCUAAUGUAUUACAUAUGUAAUUAGAACAUUUUCAGGGUGUGUUAUAUUGGCCCAAUAUUAACAGAACUGAAACACGAAUGUCUUGUGUUCUUUAAGAUCUGAUUUGUGUCUACAGGUCGUCACAAAGCUGGGAGCAGAUCCCAUAGUUCUGCAAGCAAGUACAAAUGUGUAGGACAUAAGAACAAAUUAUGCCUUGCUAUAAUUUGAUAUUGCUCUUUUUUUCUUCCCACAUAUUGUAUCUCUAUUCUUGAUCAGGGGGCCAAUGUUUCUGUAGAAUUUAACUCACACAUUAAAUAUAAAAAAAUAUUUCCAGUGCAGCACCACUGUAAGGAAGUGAUUCAAAGGAAGGGAUGUAUUUUCUCCUCUUUACAGUACAGUAUUACAGUGUGUUCACAAUCAUUUUUCUCUAGUUUAUCUCAGCAGAAGGCUGCUUGUGAAAAGCUACAUUAUUAUUUGAAUGAUCUCUUAAACAGUAUUCAGCCCUGGAAACCUCAGUUUGCUCAUUCCUGAACCUCCCCACCGAGUGCCAAAAUCGAAAGCAGCUCUGCUGUGGUUAUAAGGAGGCCAAAGUUGGGUAAUUGCUUAUGUCAGUGAUUACUACAUUAGAUGAAUAUUUUUGAUUGCCACUGGACCUUGCAGUGUUCCCUCUUUGGCCUUAAAAUAACAGAAUUUUUAAAAAGGUGAAGCCCUACUUUUCAUUCUGCUUAUGCUGUGUUUGUGACUGAGGUCUUUAGCUCUUGUGGUGUUGUUUAUUAAAGCAACCCGUCUGUUCUUACUUACAGCCAAUGAUGAAGCCUUAAAGCCUGAUGUGCAAGUCUGAGUCUAUUGUUGUUAUAUUUCCUUGAAACAAAUAAACACUUAACCAUCCACUGAUAGAAGCACUUUGUACAUGGAAAAUAAUGAUAUUCAGAGUUAUAUAUGAUUCAAUAUACGAAGUAUUUGACAACAUAGUGUGCUGAGAUAAUUGUGACUUUCCUCAGCUCAACAUACUGUAUCACCUCCUGUCUAAGAACACAGCCAAUGGAAGUGAUGAUAGUGUAAUGUGACAUAACAAUUUAUUUACAACUUUUUGAUGUGUUUGUGUUUUUAUUAUGAUAAUCAGUUAUUUUAUUAAAUAUGUUUUUGUUUGCUCUCCGUUAUGUCUUAAUUUUCCACAACAAUGACAUGUAAUGAAACAGUAGUCUAAGAUAGAAAUUUCACAUUAAAGCACUGGCAUUGCCCUUUUUAUGCUCAUUCAGACAAUAAUUUCAACUACAACUUUGGAUUUUUCUAAGACUAGCAAAUGGAAACCAUAUUUUAUAAGAAGCAUAACAAUUAAUUUCCAGUCAUGUUACUGAACAGACUGUGCAGUGUCUGAGAUGCCAAACACCUGGGACCCUUUGUAUUAUUGACUGUGGCCAGAACUCCACUAUUGGAACAGGCAUGUGGCGUCAGACAUCUGGACUGAUGGCCACUGCAGGUCUACCUGCCACAGGAGGGGCUAGAAAACCUGUAAAACACAUUAUGAAUGUGAAAUUGGAAGGAGAGGGGAAAUCUCUUAAGGUUCCAGACAAAUAGUGGCGUUUACAACAGCUGUUGGGAAUUCCCUCAUUUAAAUAUGCAACGUGUCAGCUGUACAUAUACUUGUACUGUGUGUCACAGCUUCAGUUUCCAUCACCUGCAACUACAGUACAAGAAUGCUGUUCCUUAAUAUGGAAGAAAAUUAACAUUGAAUUGAUGUAUGUAUGUUCUUGGCAUUGUGGGUGUGUAAGGUGCAUUCCUCUUGUAUUAUCAUAUUUGUAUGUCCUUUCCUUUGGCUCAUUUGCAGGGUAGUUUGAUUGGUUUGGUUGCACUAUGUUAUACUACUACAUAUAGUGUUCUUCAUUACUACGUAGGGCUGUUUUUUGUAUACAGUUGUACACUCACUGUACAUUAAUUCUGUCUGUCUCCUGGGUGGCGCCAUAUAUUCACACACCAUUCUGUCUGAAAUACAUUUUCAAGAUGAAACAUAUUUGAAUAAUGAUCCAUUAGUAAACUGAUCAGUAUGCAUGUAUAUAUGCCGACUGUGUGAGUAGAUACAAAAAAGGGAGCACAGGGUACAGUGCAAUGGCUUAAAAUACUCCCUUUAAUUUUUUUGUGAAGGGGUUCCAGUAGUAAAAUGUUCAUAAUCCCCUUUGUGCACAAAAAUAGAAGGUGUGUGCAUUUGAGUAGGUUGUGUUAGUGUUUUUUUUUUGUUUUUUUUUACUAAAUAUUAAUUUAUCAACUUAAAGAUAAUUUCCUCCCUGCAGAAGUUACCUAGCUCCCUGUACACUUAAAGUAUAUUUCAAAAUGUCUGUUUGUGUGUAUGUAAAAUGAAGCUUAAGUGCAGAUGUAUAGUAAGUGUAUGCAUGCCUGGUGAAUAAUGGAUUGACUGUAACUGGGCGUGAAUAUGGUGAAUGAAACUGAUUGAAAAUGCUCCAGUUGUUCCAGCUUUUUGACAAAAGUAGCCAUUGUUUAAUCCCAAGGUUCCUUUCUGUACAUGAUUUUCUAGAAAUGCUUGAAUAUUUUUUUCUCAGUGCCAAAAAGCUGAUGUUUAUUUUUUUACUUCAUUAUUUCAUGCAAAUUUAUAUUUCCCUCUCCACUACAGAAUUUUAAGUGACUGGGAUUGACAUCUCAUUACAAUACUUUAUUCAAAGGUACCAAAUAGAGUUGUAUUCAGUGUUGAAAGCAUGCCCUAAAUAUGUCAUAAAAACAUAGAGUACAUACAAAAUGUGAUUAUUUUGUACAAAAUGGAGCAGAUCUAAUAUUUUUUAAGUUUCUAUUUUAGCAUGCAGAUAAUUGCUAAAAUAUAGUUUUAUGUUUAACAAUUAAAAGAUUGAUUAUUUAGGUACAGGACAACACUUUUUCUGUUCCAUUAAAUGUUAAGAGUGGAAGAUGGCUUUUGUUUUAUUUGAAAUGUUGCUAUUAUUAGUUUUGAGCGGACAAGCAGUUUUUAAAUUAAGCCAAGUAGCAAUAAUUUUUUUUACUCUGUUCUUUUUUUGUCCAGUGUCCAUUUUGCUCACCAUUUUUAUGAAGAUUUCAUGCCAAUAAAUAUGAUCAAAAUGACUUUUUUGGUCAGUAAAAGAUAUGUC